GCUUGUAAUUUUUUAAUAAAUAAACAUAAAAAGAAAAAAGAAAAGAAAAUGCACUGGUCAAGACACCAAAAUACAAUCACAGCACACUUGGCGUGCCUGACUGCCUUCCCACUGGCCACCAAGCUGCGAAAUUCCCAGCCUUUAAAGGCCACCUUCUGACCUUCACUACUGUUUCACUUUCCUUCUACUUCCUUCACCUCAACUUUACCAUACUCCUCUCUUCUCUUCCGCCACUCUCCCAACAAUGCCCACCAGCUCGCCCCAUCUUCCCCUCCUCCUUCUCCUCCUCCUUUCCACCGCCGCUCCAAUCCGGGCCACAUUGCCGGAAAAGCCAGCACUACCCAUCAGCUCCAACUCAAUCCUCAUCGCCCUCUUAGAGUCUCACUACACCGAACUGUCCGAGCUAGUAGAAAAAGCCCUUCUGCUCCAUACACUCGAAGCAGCACUUACCAGACAUAAUCUCACCAUUUUUGCCCCAAAGAAUGACGCUCUGGAGCUCCAUCUCGACCCGGAAUUCAAGCGCUUCCUCCUCGAACCCGGCAACAUCAAGUCCCUCCAGACUCUCAUUCUCCACCAUAUCCUGCCCGUUAAGCUCAGUCACGGAAACUGGCCCGGCAAUCCCACUCGCUCAAGUCGCCAAGCCGCUCUCUCCAACGACCACCUCGAGUUCUCCUGUAGCGCCAUUUCCGAUGGUUCUUGCAGCAAGUAUGUCGGGGAAGUAAAGGUUGUACAUUUCAACUCUGUUGUCCGACCCGACGGAAUCAUCCACGGCAUAGAGAAAGUAAUAAUCCCAAAAUCCGUCGAACGCGAAUUCAACAACCGCCGCAAUCUCCAAUCGAUUUCGGCUGUUAAACCAGAAGGGGCGCCGGAAAUCGACCCCAGAAGUAGGAAACUUCCGAAAAGAAAGGCGAAUGAAAUUCCAAUGGAUGGAGCCCAGAAGCUCUCCGUUUACGAAGCCAUGGCACCUGCACCUUCUUUGGCUCCGGCGCCAGCACCCGGACCCGGUGGGCCUCACCACCAUUUCCACGGUGAGAAACAAGUCAAGGACUUCAUCCAGACUCUCCUCCUCUACGGUGGCUACAAUGAAAUGGCCGACAUUUUGGUCAAUUUGACUAGCCUAGCUACUGAAAUGGGGAAACUGAUCAGCGAGGGGUACGUUUUGACGGUCUUAGCGCCGAAUGAUGAAGCCAUGGCGAAGCUGACAACCGAGCAAUUGAGCGAGCCCGGAGCGCCGGAGCAAAUAGUUUACUAUCACAUUGUACCCGAGUAUCAGACUGAAGAGAGCAUGUACAAUGCGGUGAGGAGAUUCGGAUCGGUGUCGUAUGACACGCUGAGUUUGCAUCAUAAGAUAGUGGCGAAGGAGGCUGACGGGUCAGUGAGAUUUGGGGAAGGUGAGGAUUCGGGUUACUUGUUCGACCCGGAUAUCUAUACCGACGGAAGGAUUUCAGUGCAGGGGAUUGACGGAGUGCUGUUUCCGCCGCCGGCGGAGGGGAAGAAAAACGAAGCUAAAGGGCCCAGAAUUGCUGAUCAAAAUGCUAAGACUGUUACCAGAGCAAGAAGAGGGAAGUUGGUUGAAGUGGCGUGCUGGAUGGUUGAGGUCUUGGGUCAAGAUUCCAAGUUCACCACAUGCAAGGAGUAAGCAGCACUGGUAGAAGUAAUCAGUACUGUCGCUCU